AUGAGUUACAGCUUUGAUGAUGUACAUCAUAUGAUGGAUAAAACCUCAGCUCGUAUUCAAGCAAAACGAUGGGUGAGGUUUUGUGGACCGCGUCAACCUGAACGUCGUAUUAAAUCCAAAUGGCUGCAGUAUAAUGGGAUUCAGCCGUCUUCUUCUGGUGAGAUUGACCUUACAUUUCUUAUUCCUACACUUUCACGCGAAAUGAAAGUCUCCUCAGCAAUGGUAUAUCAGGAGAUAGCUCGAAAUCCGAUUACUCUUCCUAUCUACAAUAUAGGCCUCGGAUAA